GGCACGCUGCGUCUCCUGUGUUGUUAUUAAUCCUGUUGUGUUUUCUGUCUGAUAGCAGCAAGGAUUAAAGUCGUCAAAAGAUAUCCAGUAAAAUAAGCAUCAUGGCUCUGGACGGAUGUGGCCUCCUCUGCAAAUACACGCUGUUCAUUUUCAACCUCAUCUUUGCACUGGUGGGGUUUGUGUUCCUGGGUCUGGGCCUGUGGCUGAGGUUCAGCAAUAGCACCAGAGCUAUCUUUGAAUUUGAGGCCCUCAACUCAAGUGCAUUCGUUAUUGCGGUGACUAUCCUGAUUAUCACGGGCUCGGUGAUGCUGAUCGUGGUCGUGUUUGGAGACUACGGCGCCUGCAACGAGAAACGAUGCGCUCUGCAAAUAUUUUCAGUCCUGGUGUCCAUCCUCGCAGGAGCUGUGGUUGUUUUUGGAGUGAUUGCUUAUUCCAGGUCAGGCGAGAUUGGAUUGAGAAUGGGGGAGUUCUACUCUAGCAUAUAUUUUCUGUAUGUGGCUAACGCUAACGGCGACCCAGUUCUUGCUGUCACUCUCACAUUCAUCCAAAAACUGCUUCACUGCUGUGGAGCGACCGGGGUGAAGUUGUUAGAAUUUGCCAAGGAAACCUGUCCCAAACCAGACACCAUUUGGGAACACAUCAAGAUGGAUGCUUGUCCUGGGGUGAUUAUUAAUGUCUUCAACGACAAAGCACCGCUGGUGAUGGGCCUGUUCGUCGGAACUGGAGCUCUUCUGGUUGUUGCCCUGGUCUGCAGCAUUGUCCUCCUGGCACAGACCAAGAGAGAGCAGCAGGAGAUCACUGCACGAUAUACAACCGUGUACUAACAACAGGAGUUCAACCCUCAUCAGCGAAGACACAGCACUGGAUUUCAAGCUUGAAAAACGUUACAAACAUGUGUCUCUGUGGCUCAACUCCAAACUGAUCCCGACACACUCUCCCCACUUCGACUCUGUUUCCAAAACCCUCCAACAGGGAGUUAUCAAACCCCCCCAACAGGGAGUUAUUAAACCCUCCAACAGGAAGUUAUCAAACCCUCCGACAGGAAGUUAUCAAACCCUCCGACAGGAAGUUAUCAAACCCUUCGACAGGAAGUUAUCAAACCCCCCCAACAUGAAGUUAUCAAACCCCCCAACAGGGAGUUAUCAAACCCUCCAACAGGGAGUUAUUAAACCCUCCAACAGGAAGUUAUUAAACCCUCCAACAGGGAGUCAUUAAACCCAUCCAACAGGGAGUUAUCAAACCCCCCAACAGGGAGUCAUUAAACCCAUCCAACAGGGAGUUAUCAAACCCUCCAACAGGGAGUCAUUAAACCCAUCCAACAGGAAGUUAUCAAACCCCCCAACAGGGAGUCAUUAAACCCAUCCAACAGGGAGUUAUCAAACCCUCCAACAGGGAGUUAUCAAACCCUCCAACAGGGAGUUAUCAAACCCUCCAACAGGGAGUUAUUAAACCCUCCAACAGGAAGUUAUUAAACCCUCCAACAGGGAGUCAUUAAACCCCCCAACAGGAAGUUAUCAAACCCUUCGACAACCCCCAACAGGGAGUUAUCAAACCCUCCAACAGGGAGUUAUUAAACCCUACAACAGGAAGUUGUCAAACCCCCCAACAGGAAGUUAUCAAACCCCCCAAAAAUAAGUUAUCAAACCCUCCAAAAAUAAGUUAUCAAACCCUCCAAAAAUAAGUUAUCAAACCCUCCAAAAAUAAGUUAUCAAACCCUACAACAGGGAGUUAUCAAACCCUCCAACAGGAAGUUAUUAAACUCACCAAAAGCAUGUUUUUGAAACCCUCUAACAGGAAGUAGGUAAAUCCUCAGACAGGAAGCAAUUAAAGAUAGGAUGAAAUCCUCUUUAAUUGUCAAACAUGCAGAGCACAGCACACACAGUGAAAUGUGACCUCAUUUAACCCAUCCUAGAACUAGGAGCAGUGGGCGGCUAUUUUACAGCCAUUAUAAACCCAGAGAGCAUUUUAAUGAUAGAGAGGUUUAAUAAAAGGAAAUAAACGCCAGGGAUUUUUAUUAUAAUUACUACUUUCUGUCAGAGAUGCUGAUUCCAGCAGAAAACUGAUUUAUUUUCCUAGCUGUUGACAAUUAUCAAUAUUUUAUUGUGCCCUUUCUUUUGUAUUUUCAUGCAGUAUCUUAGUGGAAUGGAUGUUGAGUGUAAUGAUCUAUUAUUCAUCCAUCUAUGAACGGACAGGCCUCUUCAUCAUCGUGGACAUACGAUAAAUAAUGUGACACAUCCGUUUAAUAACAAACUGUGAGGAAGAGUAUGGGAUACUGUAGGAGGAGAUAGAUUCCAUACCUGUUACACUUUUUUUUUGUAUCCAUGUUUUUUUCCUCCAAUGCUUUUAACGUUUUUGUGGAAGAGGUAAUUACUCACUGAGCCACUGGAAAUAUUGUUUUUAAUGAAUAUUGUAUGCAUAAAUGAGAAAGGGAGCAUGUUCUGUAAAUUCCAUUUAGAUAAUAUGAAAUGUUUACGUAAGGUCGGGUCGUAUAUGUCCCUGUCGACACCUUAAAGUGGGAAUUGUUUUGAUUUUUCAAUAGUUUUGCAUUCCAUAACAUUUCUUUUUUACGUGAUUGUGCAUCAGGAGGACCACAGGAUUCAACUUGAAUAAAGUAAAGGACCUUUUUGAGUGUGACAUCAGUCGUCAGGUACUGUAAGAGGCUGUUAAUCUUACUGUAUAAACUAAGUGUAUAUGCUGCCUUCCUGUAAACACUGCUUUGGUUCAAAGGGAAACACCAUUUCAUUAAUGACAAUUAUAUUCACAUUUUGUAUUCCUUCAAGUGCCUGCAAACAUUUUUGUGAUCAAAUGCAUCACGUGUCUUGUUUAGUAUUGCUUGUCCUUCUCUUUGCACAGUAGUUUUUUGCACUAUAUGUUUUCUAAUAAAUAUUCCAUACUGGGCUUUUCCCCUUUUCUUCA